AUGGCUAAUCGUGUUUUACGGCCGAGACAAACACCCACUGCUGCAGUGGUCUCUCAAACACCUCUUAAGGACGCUAUGAGUGAAGCGGUUGUUGGUCGACGGUCAUUACCACGUUCCGCGAAAGUUCAGGCUGAGCGCGAAGGGUACAAGAGUCAAUUAUUUUCAUCAGACGAGCGCCAUGUAGCCAAGAAGAAGAACGAAAUGACACCAGCUACUAAAAUUUCACACAAAAUUGCUUCAACAGAGUUUGUUUACUUGCGUGACAGUCAUUUCUGUUUCUCCUUUGUACUUGGCUUUGACAUCGAAUCCUUUCAAUUAGCAAAUCACUAUAAUAUUUUUGAGAUCACAGUACGAUUCCGUUCUGUUCUUCAACGAAAUGAUGGUUCAUUAGAGUACCACACGGUUGGACCUGAGAGCCCUUGGGGCAUGAAACGUCCGGUGGCUCGAAUAAUUCCUGCCAAAAUGAAGUUGUCGAAGUUGGAUCUUGAAGUGGAACGGGAUUCCCCUUCCAGUGUAGUUGAAUGUGAAGAAUCCUCAUCGAGUGAGGAUUACUCGAGUGUUGAUAGUGACGAAAUCGACGAUUCUUCGUUAUACAGCGAUGAAGAACUGGAUGUCAUUAGCGAUCAAAGGAGGAAAUCAAACUCUAGAAAGUCGAUUCUUUCCAAAACCACCACUCUAUUUGCAUCUUCGAAGCCAAGAAAUGGUUUGCAAAAGACGAAGAAGGAUACAGGAAAAGCGGGAAUGUUGGAAAAUUUACAUCUUCGCCUCCACACAGCCGAUGUUCCGGAGCGUAUGCUCUGUCGUGAGGAGGUUGGACUUAUUAAUUACUCUAGGUUUUACUUUAUCGUCAAACAAUUGAUUCGAAACAAGUCCUGUAACAAGUUCACCUUUGCAGCUGUGAAUGCCAUGGAAUUAACUGACCCAAAGACGAUAUUUGUUGAGAUAUACAAUCAAAUCGUCGACAACCCAGUCAGGAUUUCACCACAAGCGGCACGUAGGAAGUUGAAUACUAUGUUCGAAAUAGCCGACAAGCAUCGUCCACCAAUUGUGAUUCUUGUUGACGAACUCGAUCAGCUUUGUACGAAGAAGCAAGAGUUGAUCUACGACAUAUUCAACUGGGCAUCUGUUGAAUCGGCGCGUGUAUCAGUGAUUGCGAUCGCCAAUACCCUCGAUCUUCCCGAGCGAAUGCUUAGUCAACGUGUCACUAGUCGCUUAGGAGCUGCUCGGAUUUGUUUCCAGCCCUAUGAAUUUCAACAAAUAGAACACAUAAUUCUUGACAGAUUGAAAGAGGCUGUAAACACUGUUGAAGUAGAAGCGAUCCAGUUUGCGGCAAGAAAGGUUGCUGCUGUGACAGGUGAUCUACGUAAAGCUAUGGACAUUUUACGACAUGCAAUUGAAAUUGCCAUCGAAAAGGGUUCGAAGAGGCUUCUUGUUGAACAUGUAAGUUCAUUGAUUGUCAAAGCACGCUUUAUUACUUUUUCGCUCUGCAGUUUCUUUGGUAAGGUUCUUGAACUUCUUACAUACAUUAUGGCAGAAAAAACUGAAGACUUCACAUUCGCCGAGUUACACGCACAGUAUAUAUCCUUUGCAGCAUUGAUUGAAGGAAUUGAGCCACUAGUGGAGUCCACGUUGCUUUCAUUGAUUGGACAACUAUGCUCAACACGCCUACUAGUUUCAUCCAAGGGGAGUCAUAUUCUUCGUCGACGUAUUCGUCUCGGUAUGCCCUAUCAAGACGCUCAGUCGGCGAUUAGAAUUCGUGAGAACGCUGAUAAGAAAAUGUGCUAA